AUAAAACAAUAUUUAUUGUUUCCAGAAAUAAUGGGGUUUCACCGCUUCACCAGCUAUUGCUGACUCUUCGAUUCUAUGCAUUAGGCACAAUGCUUAUUGCUGUAGGAGACUUUGUAGGGGUGUCAAAGUCAACAGCAUGCAGAAUUGUUCAAAAUAUAUCGAAAUCAAUUGCAAAGUUAUAUAACAAGUACAUUUAUAUGCACCAAAACAGUGUUAAUAAGUUUUACCAAAUAGCCCAUUUCCCACGUGUUCUUGGUGCAAUAGAUGGUACUCAUAUACGUAUACAAUCUCCAACUCAGUGUGACAUUGGGACCUUUGGCAACCGCUGGUUACUUGGUGAUAGUGCCUAUCCCAAUAGAGCAUAUUUACUAACACCAGUUUUAAAUCCAAGUAAUAGCUCAGAACAAAAAUACAAUGAUGCUCAUAUUGCAACAAGGAAUCUAAUUGAACGUACUUUUGGUGUAUGGAAGCGUCGUUUCCCAGUUAUUUUUUUGCCUCUGCGCUUGUCACUUGCAAAUGUUCAAGCAGUUAUAAUAGCAACAGCAGUUCUACACAAUAUCUGUAGAAAAUACAACAUGCAAGAAAUGCCUUCAGAAGUAGAGUUGCCAGCAAGCCUAGUAACAGAUCCUUCUGUUGCAGACACUCAAUCUCAAGCUCUGGGAUUGCAAGAUAUUGUUGAAAGGAAUGAGCUUAUAAAUGGAUAUUUUUCGACUUUGUAAGAGGAAUUCAAUAUUAUUGAUGAAUUUUUAGUUUCUAAUGUAUAAAUAAAGUAAAUAGUAUAAAUUAUUUUAA